ACUGAUAUUAAUCGCUCCGUUACAAACCCGAGGAGUCGUGAUCAGUGGGAAUGAGAUUUAGGAAAUCUGCGGCGGGUUGGAGGACUGGGCUGAGUUUCGCACGGGAACUACAGGUCUAGAUUUCACAACUUUGCAUAGACUUCAUCUUUCUAUAUGGACCGAUCAGCAUCUUUGGAUAUUGAAGCGCUGAAGAUGACCCAGGAGCAGUACAUCUUGGCAUCGCAGCCCAACCCCCUGCAGCGGGCUGGGUGUGCGCAGGCGUACCCGGUGGGCAUCUACGGCUGGAGGAAGCGCUGCCUGUACUUCUUCAUCCUCCUGCUCCUCGUCACCAUGAUCGUCAAUCUGGCCCUCACCAUCUGGAUCCUCAAGGUCAUGAACUUCACCGUGGACGGAAUGGGGAAUCUGCGCGUGACCAAAGAGGGCAUCAGGCUGGAGGGCGUGUCUGAGUUCCUGCUGCCGCUCUACGUGAAGGAGAUUCAGUCCAGAAGGGACAGCCCACUUAUCAUGCAAUCAGACAGAAACGUGACGGUCAAUGCGCGUAAUAACAUUGGCCAGCUGACUGGACAGCUCACUGUGGGCUCUGAGAUGGUGGAAGCACAAUGCCAGCGGUUUGAGGUGCGCAGCAGUGAUGGGGAGAGAGUGCUCUUCUCUGCAGAUGAGCACGAGAUCAGCAUCGGCACCGAGAAACUCAAAGUGACAGGCAACGAGGGAGUGGUGUUCGAGCACUCGGUGGAGACCUCGCACGUCCGAGCAGAGCCCUCCCAGGACCUCAAGCUGGAGUCUCCGACGAGGACGCUGUCUUUGGAGGCGCCGAAAGGGGUGGAGGUCAACGCAGGGGUCGGCGAGUUCAAGGCCUCCUGUCGAAAGGACCUCACCUUGGAGUCUUCAGAGGGAGACAUCUUUUUAAACGCGAACACAAUCCGCCUGGGGAGCAUUCCUCACGGCACGUCAGACCCCCUGCUGGCCCCGGGCACCACCUACCCCAAGCAGACUGUGUACGAGGUGUGCGUGUGCCCCAGCGGCAAGCUCUACCUGUCCCCGGCCGAGAGCGCCUCCACCUGCCAGGCCACCAACAGUGUGUGCUUAUGGAGCUGA